AUGUCUGCUGAAGUCGCACGCGUUGCAAUCGUUACUGGCGCUGCCCAAGGAAUUGGCAAGUCGAUCGCCCUCAGGCUAGCAGAGGACGGCCUCGACGUUGUGGUCAACGAUAUUCCUUCCAAAUCUUCUGAACUUGACUCUGUCAAAGCAGCAGUUGAGGCCAAAGGGAGAAAAUCACUUGCUGUAGUCGGCGAUAUUUCUUCUGAGGCUGAUGUUAUCGCCCUCGUUGAAAAGACCGUCUCCGCACUUGGAGGGCUGGAUGUGAUGGUUGCAAACGCUGGGAUUCUUUUCCCCACUCCAUUGGUAGAUUUACCCGUUUCUGAAUGGGAUAGGAUCUUCAACAUCAACGCCCGAGGAACCUUCCUGUGCUACCGUCAUGCCGCAAAGCAAAUGAUCAAACAAGGCCGUGGCGGACGAAUCAUCGGUGCUGCAUCCUCUGCAUCAAAGCAGGGAAUCGCGAAUCUUGGCCAUUACAGCGCAUCGAAAUUCGCUGUUCGAGGUCUCACUCAGUCUGCAGCACUAGAAUGGGGAGCCCACAAAAUUACAGUGAACAGCUACGCACCAAGCACCGUGGAGACCCCAAUGGUCGACAACUUUGUUUCGAGCGUUGGUGCUCCCAGGGACGCCUUCUACGCAGGACAAAGCCAACUUUCUGCCGUUGGAUAUCACGGUCAACCCGAGUACAUCGCAGAUCUGGUCUCAUUCCUUGCUUCGAAAGGAUCUCAUCAUAUCACCGAAACCGGUUAA